GUAUGGUGCGACCUGAACCGACCCGAACACUCUGUAACACGCCGCAGCAGCAGCCUGUCUUGCUCAAUCUUUGUGUGUUCACCGCGUGCGCGUCACCCACAACGUCUCAAUGGUAACUCCAAAGCCCGUUGAGGAGAAAGCUCAGCUCACCAAAGAUGAGAGCGACUCCACAGAUUCAGACUCCGGUGACCUGCUCCGUACAAGGACCCAGCACAGGGAGGCUGCAUCAGACUCUGACGAAGAGGAUGAUUUUGUUCUCCAAAGAACGGGCACAGUGAAGGAUGGUCGCCAAACCGUCGAGCCCGUGAGCGAAAUGCCUUCCUCGAACCGCGAGUUUAGGGUAAAGAACACCUUCAUCGAGGUGGAUGUGGAAAGAACGGAGUCUGAUCAGUCUGUCCAAGACCGUACAAGGUCAGAUCCCUCAGGUAGCAGAUUCCCUCUGCCCGGACUACCAAAGAAAUUGGUUCCGCGGGUCUCAGCAGUGCCAGAGGAGCAACUGACAGCUCCAGCGGAGUCUGACUCGGAUGACUGUGGUGAGGAUCUGUCUGAGAGGUUGGUGACCUACGACCACUUUUCUGCCAGCCAGCAGCCACUGCAAGGCUAUCCAGGUCCUCAAAUGCCAAUGCCAGAGAUGGGAAUGCCCAUGAUGGCUCCAAUCAUGGUUGGAAUGCCACAGAUGGGCUCUUGCUUGGACUAUGGUGCUUGGCCAGAUCAAUCUCAAGCUCCCCAAGAGGAAGGACAGGCUCCACCCUUUGGAAUGCUACACAGCUUCCACAAGGAGGUGCGGGGAUUUGGCUUGGCCAGCAACGACCUUCGACAGUUUACGAAGGGCCAGGAUUAUGAAGGCAGGCUGUCCGUCAUCUCUGGCUCCGAGGUCCAAAGGGGAGGCGUGCAGAGAUAUUUGAUGCAGUUCUCUUAUGGUGAGCUCACCAAAGCGGACGGCAUCGGCUUUGUGUUUGCCUCGCGAGUGCCAUGCGCAAAGAAUAUUCAAAAAAUUGUCUCUGUCUUCGUGAAUCAACGAGGGCGCAUUUGCAUGCGAGUGUUUGGUGACAUUCUCAAGGCAAAGAAGCAUGUGAGAGCGCUUCAAAUAGGUGACUGGAUCGAAAUGGUGAUUGACCUCGAGAACAGCGUAGCUACAUUCAAGGUAUGGCCAUAUGAGAUGGUUGCCAAUGGUUUCAUGCCUUCUGAGCCAGAAUCCACAGCAGAAUUUCACUAUGGGAAGCGGCUGGCACAGGCCCAGCAGCUGGCAUCGAAGCCUGUCAAGUUGAACGUGGGGCAUUUCGCUUGCGUGAUCCAGAAUGUGGGAGUUACAGUCACGAUGGGCUCUUGAUCAACUUGCCGGUGAAGCAUUUGAAUGUCUUUUCACGGGAAAAGACUUUUUGAAUUGAGAUUCGUCUUCACAUCUCAUUUCUCACCGAUGGUUUCUUUGCACGCUUCGUUCGCCUUAGUCUCACCGCUCGCAACGUAGUACAAGAAACAGCACCUCUUCUCUGGUGCUUUUCCAUGAAACAGAGAUGAAUUGUACAGCUCUGUCAUGUUGCCUAAUAGUUGCCCUAGCAACAUAUACCGCUAUACGGGCUUCACCCGAGAGCAAAAGCUGCCGCCAAAGAAUUGUGUUGCCAAAUUUUCAAUGGAUCUUUUCAAGCAUCAGAUAGAUUCAGAUAGCAUCAGUAAGU